AUGGCACAGACCAACGACAACGACGCCUUCAGCCCCCCUGUUUCCCAAGAAAGGGUUGUGAUAACAAACAAACAUGGUGAGAGGCUUGUGGGGCUGCUGCAUCACACCGUUUCAAACAAGAUUGUGGUCUUGUGCCAUGGUUUUAUAGCUUCCAAGAAUGACAGCCUCAUUCUUGAUCUGGCGGCAGCGUUGACAAAGAAAGGUAUCAGUGUCUUCCGCUUCGAUUUCAGUGGAAAUGGAGAAAGCGAAGGCCAGUUCGAGUAUGGCAACUACAGGAAGGAGGCUGACGAUUUGCAUUCUGUUGUAUUGUAUCUCUAUCAAAAAAGUUAUGAUAUAGCAGCGGUUGUUGGUCAUAGCAAAGGAGGAGAUGUACUGAUUCUAUAUGCUUCUGUUUACAAUGAUGUCAGCACAAUUGUUAAUUUAUCAGGCCGAUUUGAUUUAAAAAAAGGCAUUGAAGAACGAAUAGGGGAAGGGUCUAUCGAUAGAAUAAAUAAAGAAGGCUACCUUGAUGUGAAGGACAAAUCUGAACAUGUCAACUACAGGGUAACCAAAGAAAGUUUGAUGGAACGGCUUAAUACCGAUAUGCGUGCGGCAAGUGUUUCCAUAAGCAAGGAAUGCAGGUUCUUAACAGUCCAUGGUUCAGCUGACAAGACCAUACCUGUAGAAGAUGCCCAUGAGUUUGCGAAUCAUAUACCCAACCAUAAACUGCAUGUCAUAGAAGGAGCAAAUCAUAACUACACCGCGCAUCGCAAAGAAGUUGCUGAUGCAGUAGUAGAUUUCAUCACGUCCAAUGGGGUUUAA